AUGUCGCGGAAGUUCAAGGGACAGAAAAAAAACUUUUCAGACGUGCAUAAAUUCAACGCGACAAGGAAACCACUCCAGAAACAAGUUUCAACAAAACCGAGCGGCACAGAAGGGAAGCCGCUCUCUAAGCAUUGCUUCCGAUGUGGAUCGCCGAAACACAUGAGCAAAGAUUGCGUGCACGCGUCAGCAACUUGUUUCGGCUGUGGAAAGAAAGGACACAUCCAGCGGAUAUGUCAAGCUGAUGAGCGUGCAAACGAGUCGAACCGCAGAAAGAACUUGAAAGUUCUGAGUAGAGCGUCUGACGCGGCACUAAACGGAGUCACGUGUCCAGAGCAAACACCGAUAAACGUCCGCGUCAUCGUCAACGAAACGCCCCUCGAGAUGGAGCUCGACACGGGAGCGGCGGUGUCUGUAAUAUCGGCAAAGCAGCAACAGCGAUUGUUUCCUUCUCUGCAGCUGACAGCUACGGCGUUGCGCCUCCGGACGUACUGUCAGUACACUGGAGCACUUGUGGAACCGAAAGGUGUUGUGGGCGUAACAGUCCAACAGAACGGGCAAAUACAUGUCCUGCCGUUGUAUGUUAUCGAGCAGGGAGGGCCACCGCUCCUGGGCCGACAGUGGCUUCAGCAUUUGCGCUUGGACUGGAACACUAUCUUCACGUGCAACAAGCUUUCCUCGGCGCUCGGAACGACUGACAAGGGAGCCAAAGCCUAG